AUGGAUAGGUUUAGUCAACACAGGCGGGGAAGAGGAUUCGGGAGCGGAUUCGGGAGCGGAUUUGGGCGGGGCAAUCCAGGGCAAGGCAACAGGGAAAGAAACGAGGCCAGCCUCAGGCCAUGUCAUUAUUUUUCAAAGAAUGGCUAUUGUAAGUUUGGCUUAUCAUGCAAGUUCUUCCAUGGUCCGUCAAUCGUAGAUAGAGAUAGGAGACAGAAUCAUGGAGGACGACCGCCCGGAUCUAAGGAGACACCCGAGCAACAACAGGCCAGAGUGGACUACAAUGCGUGGCGCCGAUUCAUCAAGCUUUGGAGUGAUGGUCUUGCCAUCUUGAAUGGCGACAAUCUAGAAUGGCAGCAAAUGUUGCCACGCGAUCUGGACAGCGACGACUAUCAAGGCAGGGAACAUAUUAAGGAUGUACUAGAGCUGCGAUCAAGCCCAGGAGAAGAGCACAACUUCGUUCGCAUUGCGCGUUCGUUUCUCUCCGUCAUCACUCAUCGGGCUCUCCUAGACUGCCUCUCGGUUGAUACCGCUGUUGGAGCGCUUUAUAAUUUCGUGAGUGGCGCGAAUGGGAACCGUGCGAUUGCAUUCUUCCAGCAUCUUUCCCAAACGCUAGAAGAGUCUUAUUUAAAAUCCGCCGACUCUAUCGCAACGAUCCAGACUAUUCUACAGACCAUGCUGGUAGCACUUCGAGAGCUCCUUGGGAGAGAGCCUCGCGCUAGAUUGAACGAAAACAUUACAUCUUUACUAGAUCAAAUGGAAGAGACUACCAAGUUAAUCGCUAGAGAUACACGCGAUUUGAUCAUGCCAAUCACCCUAGGUCAGAUCAAUGAAAUCCGCGCUAUUGUUGCACGAGCAAACGGACUUCUUGCACAAGAUGAUACUAGACAGAUGAAAACUAUCACCAAGUCAGCAUAUCCCCGCAACCUGGUAAUGCCACAAGAUCGCCAUGAUAACGACAAGCCUGAUAUUGCUAAUGUCAAGAUCUUUCCGACUUCUGAGGAAAUUAUGAGCGAUGCGAUUGACUUUUUACCCUCCACCGAUCUCGACCAACCUCACUUCCUUCAAGACAAAGUUGAAAGACAUAUCGAUACAUGCUUUCGUCUUCUUCGUCAUGACACAUUUGGAGAAUUGAAAUCGGCUUUAGGGUCAUUCUUGCAUACCGUACAAGGCGAUCCGGCUUGUAUUAACCAUCCAAAGCUUAGUCUCGGGGAUAUUCGAGCUUUCCACUACUUGCAUGCGUUCAUUAGCUAUAUCUCAUUUGAUCGUCGGCAUGGUCUCGAAAUGAAUAUAACAUUCAGACAAAUCCCGCAGCUACGCCAGAAAUCAGCGAAAGAGAGACAAAAAUGUAGAAGAGAUACGGACACGGGACACGAUGGGAGCCUUACAAAGGAAAAUGCUCAAUGCACCAUUACUUUAAAGCUGGUGGCCACCGAUCAGACACAAGUAGCUUUGGCCGUUUCCUUGAGCUGCCAAAAGACACAGGGGAUCCUUCUAGAGUUUCCUGGUACCAUUCCCGCUACGUUUGUACCGAUUCUCGAGAACCUAAAGAGAAUGCAAAAGUUUAGCAGGCUACCUUUCAAAGACUGCAUUCUCCCUGACCAAAUUGACGACACCCGGAAUCGAAAAGGCGGCAGCACUCUUGACAUACUAGCCCCACUUUACGCUCGUCAUCCUGGAUUUGCUUUCAACUUGAAGUCCAUUCUCAAGAUAGAUGCGGUGGGAAACGAUGACAUCUACGUGCUACCAACAUCUUCUCCUAAUGACGCAGCUAUCAUUGACACAGUUGAAGCUCGCACCGCACUAGAUCGCGGCCAGAGUCAAGCCUUGAUAUCAGCGUUGACGCGAGAAUUUGCAUUCAUCCAAGGCCCGCCUGGUACUGGAAAGUCGUAUCUUGGUAUUGAGUUGAUGAAGGUUUUGAUGGACUGUAAAUCAAGAGUAGAGUUGGGGCCUAUCAUUGUGGUGUGCUACACAAAUCAUGCGCUCGAUCAGUUUCUUGAGCAUUUAAUUGACAUCGGAGUCAAAAAGACCAUUCGUAUCGGAGGUCAGAGCCAUUCCACUGUUCUGGAAGAGCACAACCUUCGAAAGAUUUCCCAAAGCGAAGGCAAAACAAGAUCGGAAGGUUUCCUCCUUCACAAGUCAUACGAGCGUUUAGAGCAAGAGUGUGAGAGAAUUAAGAAGAGCCUAGGGCGCCUUCAUGGCACUUUUAGACAUGCCAACUGGUCGAAUUUGCAAUAUCACCUCAUGUACAGGUACUCAACGAUUCAUGACCAAUUUAGUCGAUUUGACGAAGACGGUUUUGAGCGGGUUGGUAAGCCUCUUUUUGAUGCCUGGAUUCCUCCUACUAGCAAUGAUCGCCCAGUCACGGAAAAUGGCAAGACGGAACCGGCGGCCACCUUGAUCAACCACAUUUUAGACAAGGCAGCAGCCAAUGUCCAUUCCUUGGCACAGGAGGAGAGGCAAAUGCUGAUGCGCUUUUGGUGUCAAGAGAUCCAUGAUACUGCUCUCGAUGAUCUUUAUGAAAGGUUGAAAAUGACAGAGUCCGCGCAAAAGCAACUUGCCGACAUCCAUGACGAAGUUGAUCGGCGAGUGCUUCAAGCUGCGGACGUCAUUGGAAUUACGACAAUAGGACUAGCGAAAAGGAUUUCCACGCUGCAGCGUGUGCGAUGCAAGAUUGUGAUCUGUGAGGAAGCUGGAGAAGUCAUGGAACCGCACAUGAUAUCUGCGUUGCUUCCGACGGUUGAGCAUCUGAUCCAGAUCGGAGACCAUGAACAACUUCGUCCGCAGAUAAACAACUAUGGUCUUUCGCUCGAAAGCAAGCAGGGUGAGUUGUACCAAUUAGAUCGAAGCCAGUUUGAAAGGCUGUCCGUUGGGCAACCUGGGCGACCUCGGAUCCCUGUAGCUCAGCUAAACGUACAGCGACGUAUGCGUCCUGAGAUAUCGAAGUUGAUACGGGAAACCAUCUAUCCUAGUUUGAUCAAUCACGACACAACCAUCGACCUUCCAGACGUCGUUGGAAUGCAGAAGAAUGUAUACUGGCUGGAUCAUGACCAUUUGGAAGAGGGAAAAAACUCCGACAUGCACCAAAAGUCUCAUUCUAAUAUUUGGGAGGUGGAAAUGGUGCACGGAUUGAUCCGCCACAUUGUUCGACAGGGUGUCUACAGAAGCAGCGAUAUCGCUGUCUUGACACCUUACACUGGACAGUUACAGAAGCUUCGCUCAGUGAUGAGAAACGACUUUGAGAUCGUGCUUAGCGACCGAGAUCAAGAGGCACUUGAUAAGGACGGAUUUACCGAAGGCGACGCAAGUCUUCAACAAGGAGCUGCCGGGCAGCAGUCGUCCUCCUCCAACGCCGUUUUGGAAAAGAAGAAGCUCAGUGAUCUCUUACGGAUUGCAACUGUGGACAACUUCCAAGGUGAGGAGGCCAAGGUGAUCAUUGUCUCUCUUGUCCGGAGCAAUAAAGAAAAGAAAGUCGGAUUCCUCAGGACGACAAAUCGAAUCAAUGUUCUUCUCAGUCGAGCCCAGCACGGACUGUACCUGAUUGGUAACUCUGAUACAUAUUCAAACGUUGAAAUGUGGCAGAAAGUUAUCAACAUGCUUCGAUUAGCUGACGCAGUCGGAACAACUUUGGGGCUUAGCUGCCCGCGCCAUAUUGAAACCGAGAUCAUAGUCCACGAGCCUCAUGACUUUCCCAAAGUCAGUCCAGAAGGAGGAUGUCGUCUUGCAUGUCUCUGGCGCUUGCCUGGAUGUGGCCAUAUGUGCCAGUCUAGAUGUCAUUCGGAAAGUAUGCACAGUGCAUUCUUGUGCGCACAGCCUUGUCAAAGGCUACUUGAACCAUGCGGACAUGCUUGCCAGAAGCCGACGUGCGGAGAGAAUUGCGGAAGAUGUCACAUCAAGCUGAAUAAUGUGCCGCUUCCUUGCGGGCAUUUCAAAGAUAAUGUACUCUGCUUCCAAGCACAGAAUCCUGGUCUACUCUGCUGCUCCAUUCUGGUUGAGAAGCUUGUCCCAUCCUGCGGACAUACCGUAAAAGUGACCUGCUCAAUCGACGUGGCGUCGGAAAGAUAUCGUUGCUCAAACCCAUGCGCCUCAACAUUACCCUGCGGCCACAACUGUCCGGGAUCGUGUGGUAGCUGUAAUGCCAAGGGCGUUGAAGGCAAAGUGUCGACGUCACACCAGAAAUGCACCAAAUUGUGUAGCCGUCGAUUUGGCACCUGUAAUCAUUCCUGUCAAAAGGCUUGUCAUGGAAAAGACUGCGGUCCUUGUCUCUCUCCCUGCGAAGUCCGCUGCCAGCAUUCGAAAUGCACCCUGCGCUGCCACGAACCAUGUGCGCCAUGCAUUGAAAGAUGCACAUGGGAGUGCCAACAUCGUGGACGGUGCACCAUGCCGUGCUCUGCACCUUGUAACAGACUGCCCUGUGAUCAGCGUUGCUCGAAGAGUCUUCCUUGUGGCCAUCAGUGUCCAGGUAUAUGUGGUGAAGCAUGCCCAACCGACUACUGUCACGCCUGUGGCUCCAAGCCAGAUGCCAGAGUUGAUCUUCUGGAAAUGAAAAGCUACAGCGAAAUCAAGAUCGACGAGACUCCAAUCGUGGUUCUCGGAUGUGGGCAUUUUUUCACAGCAGAGUCGCUGGAUGGUCUUGUGGGUAUGAGCGAAGUUUAUACUACCGAUGUGUUUGGAGACUUCACUGGCCUAGCAGAUAUCAGCGGCUCUUUAGCGAUGAAAGUACCCAAGUGCCCAGACUGCCAACAGCCAAUCAUGCAAUACAUAACUCAGCGAUACAACCGAGUCAUCAACAGAGCGGUGAUUGAUGAAAUGUCAAAAAGAUUCUUGGUUAAUGGUAAGACUGAGCUCCAAGAGCUGGAAACGAACGUUGAGGAUCUUGAGUCAGGCCUCGUGGAGUCGAGGGAAAACAUUAAGGACUCUGUAGAAAACUUGACGUCAAAGAUUCGAACCCGAUAUCAUGAAUCCAAGAAGCUACAAAGUAAGCUUGAAGAUUUCCUCCGGAACGUUGCAGAUCGACAUCAGCCGGCUCAUAAACUCCACGAGGCCGUUGUCCAGGCUAGUAGGAGCAACAGUACAGACGAUCCUGCAUCUAUUGCUGAUGCAUUUGGUUCACUGAGUAUCCACCGAAACAGCAUUGGCCCCGUCGAGCGAGACCGCAGAGUCACCUUUGGGGGUCGCGUUCUGCAGAUGAAGGCGGAGUCCAUCAUACUAGAAGACAAGUUCCAGAUCAUAAAGAAGCUUCGAUCCGGUCCAUCCAACGAAGACGCGAAACUCUCCGGCGGAAAUCCACAAGAUCUUACGAAAUCUUUCAUGAAAGCUUGCGCAUUACUAAUAAAGGACUGCGAGAUCGAGAAGCUUCCUAAACUCGCAGUAGAAGCUUCAAUCCACUUCGCCACAAACGCACAACUCUACCGCUCAUCUCAAUUGUCCGGUGAAGAUAGAAAGAAGGCUACCGAGUACGUAGAAGAGGCGAAGGAUUUGCUGAAGCAAGCGCAUGAACUAUGCGAGCAACCCUUUCAUAAUGCAAAUCAACUGAAAACUUGCGUCGAGGAAAACAUCCAGAUUCUUGGAAGGGAGUGGUACGAAGAAGUGACUGCCAAAGAAGUUGCCGAAAUCAAGAAGGCCAUGGUAAGUGGUAGAGGAGGCAUCGCAACACACUCGGGUCACUGGUACAAUUGCGCAAACGGACAUCCUUUUGCUAUCGGUGAAUGCGGAAUGCCGAUGCAACUUGCGCGCUGUCCGGAAUGCGGCGCGGCUGUUGGAGGAUCAAGUCAUCAGGCUGUCGAAGGUGUUACCAGAGCCGCACAAAUGGAAGAAUAA